AUGGCUCUCACCGCCCGCGCCGCGCUCAUGCGCGUCCUCCCUCCGCGACCAUCGCCGAUCUCGCAACCAAAGCAGCAGCUCAAGCAAGGUUUAGGCGGCCGCGGCGGGGCCUCGCUCGCCGUGCGGGCGAAGGACUCCGACGACUUCGGGGGCCUGCUGUCGGAGAAGCCCGCUGCACCUGCACAGGCGCCUGCGAAGCGGGACGGGUGGGAGGGUUUUGGGAGGGAGGCGAGUAGCGCGGAGGAGGAGGAGGAGGAGGUGGAGGUGCAGGGCGAGCCGGCCUCGUGGGGUGUGCUCAACCAGAUCGGCGUCGAGUUGGACUCUGACAAAUCAUACUCUGCUCUCGUGUAUGGCACAUCUGCUGUUGUUGCAAUUUGGAUAUCAUCAAUUGUGGUUUCUGCACUUGAUUCAGUCCCUUUGGUUCCUCAGGUGAUGGAAGUUGUUGGUCUUGGCUUCACAAUUUGGUUCACAUCGAGAUAUCUGAUAUUUAAGGAGAACCGUGAUGAACUUAUCACCAGAGUCAGCUCCAUCAAGAAGCAAAUUUUAGGGUCUCAUGACAACUGA